GACGAAAAUCCCUCUGUGAUCAGACCUAACAUGGCAGCGCUGGCAGAAGGCCGUCAGUAUGGGCUCUCAUCGUCAAUUUCAUCUCAGGAGCACAAAACUGUGGUCCAAGUUAAGUUAACAGACUCAGCCCUAAAAUCUAUUGACGAAUUCCUCAAAAUCAAGGCUGGCAGUGCUGCAGGCCAACCAACCAUCCAGUUCACGGGCAACACCGGAAUAAUCUGUAUACCAAGUAAUAAUGCCAGUGAUCGUGCACGGACAUUACAGUUCUCGCUGUCCCCGCUGGUCGACUCCAACACCAGCGACUGUGCACACCAGCCAGACACAAAACAUGGCAAUCAUCUCAAUAUGCUGGGUACCAUGUCCCAGAAAAUCGCAAUCCACGCCACCAGUGAUGUUUUCGUGGCCACCAAACAGCGCAUGAACCAAGCAAUAGCUGACACUAACAGUGUGUGUACGCAAGAAAUCAAGCCAAGUGGACGCCACAUUGGACGCAAAAUCAAGAGAGUGAAAGUUGGUCUAGAUCUAAGUUCCAAACCCACCCCCAGUUUAACAAAGCCAACAAAAACUGCUGUAGUGUCAUCCUCUCAUGUUGUUCCCCACGCCUCUUCUGUACGCCCCAGCUCCCUUCACACAGCAUCCCACUCCAUAUCGCCCUACCAGGGUAGUCAUGAUUCUAUGCCCAACUCUUCCAAGGUGACAUCUUCGUCUGUAUCGUCGUCAUCGUCGUCUCCGUUGUCGCAUCACCCGUCAUCGUCAUUGUCUUCGUCCACCCCGUCAUCUGUACCAGCCAGCAACAAAGCCAAGCCUAUCAACCCGGCCAUUGUUGGAGUGCCUAUACGAGACCGGAUUAUACACCUGCUGGCCUUACGCCCUUACAAGAAACCCGAGUUGCUGCUGAGGCUGAAAGCAGAUGGAAUCUUGGAAAAAGACAAAGACACCAUUUCUCAUGUACUACAACAAGUGGCCACAUUUAUCCCACGUGAUAACAAAUACUCGCUGGGCCGAUCUGCUUUUUCCGAUAUACGAACAGACUGGAAGUUCUACACUGAGGCGGACAAGGAACUCGUGAAAAAAAAAUUGGACAACCUGUCACCAGCCUCGUCUCCUGCCUCAAUUCAAAGAUCCCCAGACAGUCUGAGCAACUCUCAGAAACGGUCCAGUGAAUCUUUCCCAGAUCUACUUCCAUCCAAAAAACAGCGCAUCUCCCACGCCACGGCCAAACCGAAGAAAGAAAACAAGCCUUUGAUUGGUGAGGUCCUCAAACGUGACCAACACCUCACUGUCAACGGCCAAGACCACUCGCACAAGAAGGAAAAUAUUGAUGAGCGAGUCCAAGUCGCCACAUCCACCUCUGACAAUCCUGAUUAUAUGAAUACAUACCACCCGAUCUCCACUGCUGAGCAGCGUCAACGCUACAAACAGGAGUUUAAUACCGAGUACGAGGAGUACAGAGGGUUACACAUGAAUGUAGAAAAAGUGUCGAAGAAGUUCAUGGACUUCGAGGUCAUGCUUAAAAAAGCAGAACCUGGAUCAGAUAAUUAUGAGAAUUUGAAGAACAAGAUUCGAAAGGAAUACAAACUGCAAAAAAGUGAUGUAAAAUACAUUGAUCAAAAGAAGCGGUUUGACUAUUUACACAAGAAACUUGGCUUCAUAAAACAGCUGAUCCUCGAGUACGAUCGUCUGCAGACAAGUGGGGACUCCUAAUGAAGGCUAAAACCUUCUAAUAUUGCUCAAAUCUGGUCUCCGUACACUUUGGAUUAUGUGAUCUCCAUCUCUGAGAUGGAAGACCUGGCUCGCCUCAGGACCUGGUAAUUAGAUCUGUGCAACAGCUGUCGAUGUAAAGCUAUGCUCGAUUUCUGACUGAGAAAGAAAAAAAAAUGCUUGCCUGGCAAACCGUUCUGUUAAUGGUAUUUUCUCACCAUUAAGGAAGAGGACAAACAAGAUAGAAGAUUUCUCUAACUUGGUGUGGCGGGCAUGUUUUCUGGAUCAUGUAACUGCCAAAUCUUAAUUUAGGUUGGCAUAAAAACAAAACAAAAAGUCUUAUGUGUUCAUUUAACCUUGUACAGUAUUUCUCAGUUUACCUCUGUCAUUGAGUGCCUUGGAUAUCCCCGCUGGGGUGUUCAACCAUGAUAAUUAGGAAAAAAAUAACUUGGAAUUUAACUUAUGCUUAGUUGAUAUGCCAUGCCCUACUUUCACAAAAUAAUUAUCUACUCUUGUGUCAGUAAUGUCGUAAAAUAUCAAAGUUUAAUGCAAUCACAUAAAAAUGGUGUCUCUUCGUUACUUGGUACUGGAAUUAGAACUUAUAUUAUGAUGUGCCCUGAUUUGGUUUUUUUGAAGAUUUUUCUUAGUUAAAAUGCAAAAAGGGCAUGUAAAUAAAACACUUAAUUGUCUGCAGAUGAAGAUUUGUAUUAUUUGAAAAUAAUUUAUUGAAAAGGUACAAAGUUUAUAAAAAUAUUAUUGAUACUUGAAAUUGCUUACAUGUAGCAACUGUGUAUAUUAUUUGAAAGUUUUACAAGAGAGUGAGAAUGUGUCCUGUGGAUUUCCAUUUCAUAUUUAUAAUUAAGCUCAAAAUACUUAUAUGCAUAUUAAUUUAUUGUUCAAAAAACUUAUUUAUUACAAUAUUAAUAUUUAUACGGAAUCCUUUAAUGAUGAGGUAUAUUGUUUCAUUCUUAUUAACUCAUAUGUCUUACUUCGACCAGUUGGCCUUAUGCUUAGGUGCAACAUUCGUCCUCUUAAAAGACUUCUUCUCAAGAACAGUUUAACAGAUUUGAAGGUGGUAUGGAGCAUCCCUGGGUCGAUAGGCAAGGCCUAAUGGGGGAAGAGCGUAGAUGUUUUAGUGUAUUGCUUGUUAGUAGUCUAAGUUACAAAGUUCAGAUUUUUAUUAAAUAUAGAACAUGGCAUAACUGGUAUGGGGAAUCAUUGUCAGAAAAUGUAAUUUUGUCAGAUUUGAAUCAUAUUUAAUGUGUAUUUGUCCCUAUAAAUUCUUUCUGUUAUCUAACGCACACAAAAAUGCAUAACUCGUUCACCCCUGAAAUUUCAUAAUGAACUAUUCCAACCUUUGAAUUGGACGAGUUCAAAUAUGUCUUCAGGGGUGAAUGAGUUAAUUUUUCACACAAGAACUAGUUAGUGUAGAUUUGUCAAUGUCGAAUACAGUGUAAAUUUGGCAAUGUGGAACACUUUUAUCACGAGGUGUAUACAUAGAAAACAUCAACAGAUUAUUAAACAUAUCAUAGUAUGUAGUGUAAACAUCCAGAAGGGGAGCUAUGGAGACAGGUUGUGAGGAUACUGAUAGAAUUAGUAUAGAGGCAUUACCAACUAUAUUUUUGUUAAAUAUAAUGCCUUAAUGUUGAAUUCACCAUGUAAACUUAUCAACAAUGUAUACGUAUUAUAUCAAAGAUAUCAACCAAGGAAAUUUUUAAAAAUAUCAGGAAUGUAUGCUUGUGAAAAUCAUACACCAUGUAAACUUGUGAAAGUCAUACACCAUGUAAACUUGUGUAAGUCAUACACCAUGUAAACUUGUGUAAGUCAUACACCAUGUAAACUUGUGAAAGUCAAACACCAUGAAAACUUGUGAAAGUCAUACACCAUGAAAACUUGUGAAAGUCAUACACCAUGAAAACUUGUGUAAGUCAUACACCAUGUAAACUUGUGAAAGUCAUAAACCAUGUAAACUUGUAAACUGUCAAAUACUACCAAAAACAUCAACCAUACAAGAUUUUCCUGAUCAGAGAGGCCAGUGCUACAUGUACACACAGUGCUAAUAGUGAAUGUGUUCUGACUGAAAGUGUUGGAUGGAAACUAAUAUAAGAUGGAUGUGGGGUGAGAGAAGUCUUACACACAGUUGCUACAUGUGCAAUUUAACUUUUUCUUGAUCAAACAGGAUGUUAUAUUUUUCAAGGUUUCAUUAAGUUGACCUUUGUCUGCCAAAGGUAAUUAUAAAAAAUGUUAUUAAUUGUUAAAUUAUUGUACUACACAAAUAUAUGCUGAUGUAGAUGGCUGAUCAGGAGGUAUCAUUGAAUAGUUAUUCCAAAUUGUGAAACAUUUGUGUUUUAAUCAAGGGAGAUAACUAUUGACACCAAUCCCUGGUACAACGUGUAAGAUACCUUACAGCCUUAAGUGAAGACUAUUCUGCCGGUGCUGUCUAGUUGUAAUGGUAGGAUCAACAAUAUUGAUAACAUUUUGUAAUGUACUUAAGGACACAUGCUACCUUUAUAUUCAUCUUAACUCUUUCACCACUAUAAACCAUAAUGGACUCAUUCAUAUUGAUGCAUGGUAGAGUCUACUAAAGUUACAUAGUGGUGAAAGGGUUAAAGAGUUCCAUAUGAAAGAUUUAUAAAUGGAACUUUAGACUUGGUUGAUAUACUGAGAUUGAAAACAUGCAGCAGAGUCUGAGUGUAAAUCUCAAUAAUACUCUACAUAUACAGCUUCUGAUUUAGGCCUAACAAAAUAAUUUUCAUGUUUCCACAUUUGGCUUUUAAAAAAAAUGUAUGUAGGUAAACAAAACUUCUUAUUUUAAUAAUAUUUACAAAGGUAACAUUGAGACAGCAUUCCAAAUUUUAACAGUGCUCAUUGAAAUUAGUAAAAAUAAUCUAGAGCAGGUUGUGAAAUCUGGUGCAAAUAGGGAAAGUGGAAGCAACUCUUCCUCUCUAUUAUUGCCUUAUUAACUCAUGAUCAUUCACCCAUGUAGACACAUUUGAACUCCUCCAAUUCAAAGGCUGGAAUAGCUCAUUAUGAAAUUUCAGGGGUGAAUGAGUUAAACAGUGUUUAUUUACGAGAAAGAAAAGUACUCAAGUAUGUAAGGUAGCAUAUAUCCUUAAUAAGGUCGUGUUCGUCAAUUUGCAGACAAAAUUUAAGUCUUAAUUGUUUCAUUACAGCUGUCGUUAUAGAUUACGGUCAGCCAGUUACAAAACUUGUUUAUUUAAAUAUGUUGCUCUAUCAUUGUUUAUUCUUUGUACACAACAGCUGUUGCACAGUUUCCUACAAAUUGUUCAAUUUCAUAUAAUGAAAUGUUUAUGUAUAAUUAAUUGCAUAGCAUUGUAAUAGCCCUUCCACUUUAAUUGAAAACUUUUUUUGUUUUAAUUCGAUGAAAUGUCUCCUGGACAAAUAUGCUGGUAUGUUGAUCUGCGUGUGUGAAUGUGUAUGUACAUGAAUGGGGUGUGUUUAUUGUAAAAUCUUACAAUUCGCAUCAUAAUAUCCUAAGUUGUAUCUUAUAAUUACACAUGAUUAUAACAUAUUUUCUUACAAUGAAAUUAAGUCUCUUCUACUUGGUUGAAGGUUGAGUCUAUUUAUAGAAAUGUUUGUCGUGUCCGUGAUGUAACUGUGAUGUCGGUGAUAAUGUGUCCGGAGAGUCUGCCACGGAUUUGGUAUUCCAUUAGCAGUGUUCAGAAUAAAAAUCAGAAUUUAGUUUCCCCCAAAUAACAGUCAACAUAAUUAUGUGAACCAUGUUUUAUAGAAAAUAUGUACAUGCAUGUGUAAUGUGUAAAACUAAAGUAAUACAGUUAGCCUGUCAACUAACCUGAACUAUCUUUCGUUUACAAAAACAAUAAUUUCAAGCCAUACAGAACUUUUACGCAUGGAAAUUGAUAUACCUGGUAAAUGUUUGCUAGGACAGACACUAUAGAAGGGAGAUAACUGAGUAGCUUACAUAUAAUUCCAGGAUGUGCUCACAAAUCAAGAUUUGCAUGGAACCCCACAUUAGUUCCUGCAUUAUUAGAUAAACCUAUCUGCUCACUGAGAAAUAAUUAUGAGAUAAACCUAUCUGCUCACUGAGAAAUAAUUCUUAGAUAAACCUAUCUGCUCACUGAGAAAUAUAUGUAACAGAGUCAUUAUUUUUCAAAACCUCCGCUAGGAGUCGAACCCGGGACCUCUGGUUUACUAGUCUUACGCUCGACCGAAUGAGCUAAAGAGAAAUUCUCCCAAGCCAAUCGGUAGGAAGCAUCUAGUAUUUUACCAGGUUGACAUAUAUUAUUAAAGGGAGACAACUUGAACAGGCUUAUAUGAAAUUCCAUGGUCUGCUCUGUUCACAAAUCAAACCUUAAAUAGGAGACAAGACAUUGAGUGCAUUGUCAUUUGGCCUUUUUUAAUUUACUCCGGACCCUGUACAUCAACCAGGAAGUGUCUUAGGCUACAUUAGGGUAUUAUAUUUAUAAUGCUUUGCGAUUGUGGUGGAUUUCAUAUAAGCAGCUAACUCAUCCACCCCUCAAAUUUCAUAAUGAACUAUUCCAAUCUUUGAAUUGAAAGAGUUCAAAUGUGUCUUCAGGGGUGAAUGUGUUAAUCUGGGAAUUUUAUCACAGUUGCUAUAGUUUGCUAGACUAUCGAUAGUGUCAGUAUAUUUUGUUCAUAAAAGUGACACUCUGCUUCUAAAUUAGUAUAUCUGCUACACAGAAUUGACACAAAAUUUGGUUAUCCAAUGACCUGCCCAGAGCCCCAGUUUAUUACAAAGGAAAACACAAGUACCACUUUGUCAUGUUUUACAAAAAAACUUUCUUUCAUACAAAACAUAUCCGACAUAUUCAAAGUGAAAAUAAAUACAAGAUUAAUCUUAAACUUUGAUUUUUCAAGUGAUAAUAAUUUUUCGCUAUUUUCAAGGUGUAUGUUUUUUCACAUUUUUUUUUAGGUCAAAUGAAAAGAUAUUUCAUUUCUGAAAAUAUGUGAAAAAGCUCAUUAUUCUACAAAAAGAAAAACACUUAUCCUGCAAAUUAAUUGUAAAUUCAUGGAAUAUUAUUAAACCAAUGAUGAAAUACUGUUCCCAAGUACCUGUUCACAGUACAUGUUUUAUGUAAAUGAUAAAGGAAAAAUAAGGCUAUUAAUACAAUGUAUAUGUAAAUCAUGUUUAUUUCAGAACAUGAUUGCUGUCAAUUAUGUCUUUCAUAGGGUACGUACAUUUCCAUCAAUUUGCGAGGAGAUUUAACCAUGUAGACAGUCAAUGUUGUAUACAAAACAAUAUGUAUUACAAAGAGCAGGGCAUGUUAUAAAAAUGUCAUCUUGUGUUAAUGUGAUAUUUAACUUCUUCCACAAAGGUUCAAGUGUUUGAUAAUGUUUAAAUAUUUACGUAAGUAGUCUAAAAUUUGUGCCAUGUUCUUCAAAACCUGAUAACCUUAAUAAAUUUUCAUAACACCAUUUAUGAAAAAUAUCUCGCAUUUCGCAAUUUUUUUUAUUUUUUUGUCAUUGGACAAUAAUCUUGAAUCUCUAAAGAAUAUAAUUAUUUUUAAAUCUUUACAUCUAAUGAGAGAUUUGCAUUAGUUUUUAGUGAACUAGUUCAGAGUCGAACAACAGGGUCUGGAACUUACACCAAGCUACAAUUUAAUCUGCGAGAUUUUCAUAAUUGUUGAUGUGAAACUUCAACAGGUUUGUUCUUGAAUUAAGAAUUAUCAGUAUUAGAUAUUUGACACCAUAUAAAUGUGUUGCUAUAUUUAUGUUUGAACAGAAAAAAAUCAGUAAAAAAAAUCAUUGAAUUAAGUGUCAUGGACGUUAUGAAUCGUGAUACAACCUUUCAUUUCUACAGUGUGUGUAUAUUCACCAAACUUGUCGAGGGGAAAAAUUGACAGUGUUGUAAUAGCCGCAUAAUUUUAUUUUUGUUAUGAUCUAGUCUUGUCUGGCAGACAACUGAUGCUAGUUUCUGCUUGUUUCAUUUGUCUUUGUGGGAAAACUCAUCGAGAGUAAUAAAACUAAUUAUGACUUCUGUAUUCUGUCAAAUACUUAGUAAUCGCCAAAAAUGUGGAAUAUACAAUGGGUGUCUUGUGGAAUAUACAAUGGGUGUCUUGUGGAGAGUCACUGUUCUGUAAGUUUGCCUGUUUUUGCGUUAUUGCUAGCCAAACCAUGGUAUAGUGAUGUUAUUGUGUUCAUUCAGCAACUCUUAUUGUAAAAAUGAAAUACUUAAGGCUGUAUGCUACCUAACUAUGACAAUUGCAUUGUAUCUCCACACGAAAGAGUUUGACAAAUCUAAAAUGUCCAAGGAAUGGUAGUUACUGUUUGUAUUUUUAGCAGAUGAAUGCACAAGAAUGCACUGAUUUUAUUGAUAUAGUUAAUCUCCUUUGUAAGGUAGCAUACAACCUUAACAUGUAAGGUGGCAUACAGCCUUAAUGUGUAAGGUAGCAUACAGCCUUAAUAUGUAAGGCGACAUACAACCUUACUAUGUAAAGCAGCUUACAGCCUUAAUGUGUAAGGUGACAUACAACCUUAAUAUGUAGUGCCAGCACUGUAAAACCCUUGCUUCUCUAACCUGCUGUGUACUUUUAAUAGAUUUUCUUUUAAGGGGAACGUCUAAACAGCUUUGAAAAAAUAUGUGCAUUUUUCCCCCCGCAUGAUGCAUUAGGAAAUUGAAGGGGGGAAAUCCACAGUUUUAAUGAAAGUUUUUAUUGACGUGCUAACAUGACAGUAUUUGUCCAAUCGCAUGGAAUCAUGACAAUGUUUGUCCAAUCAAAUGCCCAAUAUGUCGACUGACAGGAGGUCAAAGUUCAAUCUGUGUUGGUAGUCUGUGUCUAUGGUGGUGUUGUUUGAGUACAUAUAAUGUACACUAUUCUACUUGGUGUCACAUCACAUCUAUUUUAGGCUAGAUGAUCUGUGGUCUGGACAGCAGAGUUCAGAUAUUGCAUCUUUUUUGGAACACUCAAAAAAGUAUUUUUAUGCUGACAAACAAACUUCAAUUUUACAUUUGGGUAUGUUUGGAUUUAUUUAAAUAGUUUUAGAACUGACACUUAUAUUUCCUUUUCUUUUCUCUCUAAUAUUUGCAAUUUUCUCCAAGUUGUAAUAAAAAUGGUGUUGGGUUACCUCCCUUGCCAUGUUAAAUCUGGGUAUGAACAAGGCUUUUUUCCCAAUAUCUUAAAAUAAAUUGUGUGUUUCUGUAUAUAUUUUUAUCUUCUAUGUUAUUGUUUUUAUUUUUGAAGAAGAAAGAUUUAUUUUUUUUGAAUUUUUUUUAGUGAGUAAUCCAAAAAUGAAUGCAUUAUCACAAUUUUACUGUUCAGACUACUUAAUGCCUAAUGGUGCUCUGUUCAGGACCAGCUAAUAUGUAAAAAGGUGAAAGGUCAUUUUUAUGCAUGUUUCAGAUCCAUUCCUUAGAGGUUAUUAGUAGAAUAGUCAUUAUUACUGAAAA